AUGGAACCAGGUGGUGGUACCGGUGCGACCACGACCGGUCGAAUUGUUCGCAUUCUGGGCCAUGAGUAUCCGCGUGAUCUGGUUGUGGCCAGGCUCUUCUACGUCUGUUAUUUCGCCUCAUUUGGCUCACUUUUCCCAUUGCUAGCUAUUUACUUCAAACAACUUGGAAUGAAUGCAUCACAAGCGGGUUUUUUACUGGGCGCGCGACCACUCGUCGAAUUUGCUGCACGACCGUUCUGGAGCAGUUUCGCCAAUAAAUUCCGCAAGGUACGCGAUGCACUGAGUAAAAAAGAAGAGUAA